AUGACCCGGGGCCCUACACUCCGUUCGGUCAAGUCUCUUUCUGUUGGCAUUGUGUGUCUUAUUGAUAUCGUGGUGUUUUCAUUGUCGACAUCCUAUUACACCUCGGGGAUUUUUCAUAAUCAACAUCUGGAUUUCUUUUCAGCUCCAAGUAAAAUGAAUAUUUGCUCAAAACGACAUUGUCCUGGCAUACCUGACCUUUCCGAAUGUUUUUCAGUUGAGGUGGAUGGACCAUCACUUCUCUAUGAAUUGCGUUUUAAGCCGAAGUCAUCGGAUUCCGAACAACGUGAUGUCAAAGUCACACUGGAUGGAAGUGAGUCAUUCCAGGAAAAUUUGCGGUUGAAUCACUUCGAAAGUCUACGACUGGCAUCACGACUUCAUUCAGAUUGUAAAAAAGAAGACUGCCAUGACUUUGUUAAGUGGCUUCCACUGGAACUUGUUCUCCGGAUCUUCAGCUAUCUCCGUCCUGAGUGCCUAAUGCGCGCAUCUCAGGUCAACCGCGCCUGGAACCGGGCCACGCACCAUCCCCGCCUCUUUCAACGCCUCUGCUGCAGUCCUGAGUGGUCGCUACCCAAUCUGGACGCAGAUUUCCCACCUCCCCUGGAGUGUCGCAAUGCGAAUUUCUUCUUCCCUAAUCUACCCUCCUCCACCGACACCACCACUACCACUGAUGUCUCCUCCCCCUCCGAUGGAGUGGAUGUGCGUUCCGUGCAUUGCUUAGCUUACGACGCCUAUCGCAUCGUCAGUGGUUCCGCUGACUCCACCAUCUGUGUGUGGAAAGUGUGCUCAAACGCCAACUGGCUGGCACAGACGCUGCGGGGUCACUCAGGUGCGGUGCGGUGUUUGGAGCUGCUGCCCCUGCCUCCUGCUCUCGCCUCUCCUACUUCUCCUGCCGUCACUCCUCUUUCUCCGAGUGUGUGGGAGCCACCGGAGGCGUUACUCAUCUCGGGCUCGGUGGAUACGAGUCUCAAACUGUGGCGUCUCUCGUCCACUUUUGAGUGGUCGAGGAUUACAUGCAUUGGCACGUUACAGGGACACUUUGACACGGUGCGGUGCGUCCAGUCUAGUCUCCCACUGGCGAGUGGUCUUUACUACGCCCACGCAGUUGGGAUUUGGACACUGCGUAAAUUUGACGGUACUACUGCUUCAUCUGACCUAGCUGAUUCGACGAAGGCCAUCAGUGGCUCCUACGACUGCACAAUUCGACUGUGGGACCUAGCUUCUAGUAGUCAAAAGGCGAUUUUUCGGGGGCACACAGCCGGUGUUGUCUGCCUCACCUAUGACGAUUCUCUCCUCUACUCCGGUUCUCUCGACAACACCGUUCGAAUCUGGAGUCUGAAGACCGCCGCCUGUUACUACACCCUCGUGCGACCGGGCACGCGUCCGGGAGCCGAGUUUUGGACCACUCCGGUCACCAGUCUCCAUCUAGACGUGCAGCGUCGACGCCUUUUUGUAUCGCAUCAUGAUGGUCGCAUUUGUGUGUGGCGUAUUCCUCACUCUCCUCCAGCUCUGCAGCCUGCUAUGGUGGACAAGUUGUCGUCAACGACGACGCUGAAUUGGGAACGUCCCAAACUGCUAGAACAGCUGUGCGUAGAAGCUGAAAAUGCACAAUCGACGGGUGCGGUGAUUCGAUGCCUGGCAGGAGACGGAUGGCAUCUGCUAUGUGGUUGUGACGAUCAGACUAUCAAGGUAUGGCGUGCCGACACGAACACACCGAUUGGGUGCCUACGCGGUCACGAGGACGGGGUCACUUGCCUCCUCAUCUACGGUUCCGUGGUGAUCUCUGGCUCUUACGACAAAAAUGUCAUCCUCUACGACUUUGAUGUCAGUUAG